GGAUCACGCUGGCCUCGCGACGACACUCGCUUUUCAACCGUGAACCUUAAUAAGCCUCCGGACCUGCAGCGAUCCUCCGCGCAAUUUCGACUUUUGAUUCAACAACGCGACCGGUUCAGAGGUGGUUUCCACAUUUUUUUCAUUUUCCACCCUUGCUACGAGAUGCGACUGAUGGUGGUAAUCGUAACAUUGGGACUCGGAGUAUGCGGACCGACGCUCGCUGACACGGAAAAAGUCGUCUUCGUAGUUCCGCGCUACAUACGUCGAAGCUUUUCUAACAAUGCGGCGCCCUUCUACAAGAUCCGCGUACCGAAACGACCCUUCUUCGUCGGUCAUUACGCCGGAAAUUCAGGCAACAGCGAUCGUCCGUUUUUCCCAGGAGGAAAGCAGGCCAUUCGACAGAAUUUGUUUCACGGAAUUCCCCACGGCGGUGGAGAUUUCGGAAAAAACUUUGCGGUGCCACAGCAGCAACAGCAUGAUCGAGAAGUGCAGAAUCACGUUAUAAUACCACACGGCAAGGGUAUUUCCCACGGUGUGAGCUUUGGGAAGGGUUACAUCCCGCAAGAGGAGUUGAAACUGGCGAUCGAAAACUACGCCGGAUUCCCCGGGGGAAACGAAAAUCAACUGCAGGACUCUGCUGGUCAGGGUUUCAACUUCGAGGACGAAGGUUACCAGCGAUUCGAGGGGCGGGAGCAAAACCUCGCGCCGCAAGAGCAUCGGUGGGUUUUUCCGCCGACCAACGACGAAGGACGAAAUCAGGAGCCCCGCCAAGUAGAGCAAGAAGAGUACAAGAUGUUCGAGGAGCAAGGAUCGCUUUCGCCCCCAAACGAGCAGCUCUUCUACCCGAAAUUCAGCGAGCAGCCCCAUCCAAUUUCCGGCGGCGUUCAUCCCUCGGCUAGGAUGACGGAGCACAAACUCACCCCCAUCGUCCUGCAGGACACCAUCGACAUGAAGGAGUACAUUGCGAAGGUCGAGGCCUUCACGAAGAGCUGGCCUUUUCAUGGUCUCGCAUGGAAUAAUCAACAACCGAAUUUCCCAGGCCUGACCUUCCCGCAUAUUCAAGGGAUCAAUCCCUGGGCUGGAAGCCUCCCGAACAAUCCCAGCGGCGGUUAUCAAGUUCAGGAGGAAUCCGUCGAGGAACCGAUGAAGCGGAGCUUCAGGGUCGCGAUGAUGUAGCGAAAUAUUUUAGACUGACGUUCCUGUCGCGUACAAAAAAUCCCUUAGCGUUUAAGUCUUCGUAACAAUUGUACCUAUUAAUCACUGCCUUACGGUGCAGCAUCAUUAAUAUAAUUUAUUUAUACGUGUUUCCGAUACUUCUUGUAAUUAUAAUACAUUUCUAUUCGAUCUUACGAUUAAAUUAUCAGCGAAAU